GCAAUACCGUUUCACAAAGUAUAAAACCUAGUAAUUUUUUAUCAAAAGUUUGUUCAAACAAAUAUCUCGUCGUGCAUCCAGUGCGAUAGCGAUUAUUUACAACAUGGGAAGUUACAAAUUAUACGUAGCCGUCAUGGCAAUAGCCAUAGCUGUAGUACAGGAAGCUAGUUGCGGUGGUUCGUCUGACGAUGAACUGUACGAUGAGCAGGAAGAAGCGUCUGUCGAAUUACAGAUGGAGCACCGUCAGUGCGAUGAAUACAAAUCGAAGAUCUGGGACAAAGCAUUUAGUAACCAGGCGGCUAUGCAGCUGAUGGCACUAACGUGUAAUACAGGUAAAGAAUUAGGCUCCGACGAAGUGUGCUCGGACACGACGCGGGCCAUUUUUAACUUCGCCGAUGUGAUGACCACCAACCAGAACGCCCAUUACUCGGUGGGUAUGAUGAACAAGAUGCUGGCGUUCAUCGUGAGGGAGGUGGACACGACGUCCGACAAAUUCAGAGAGACAAAGACGGUUAUCGAUCGCAUCGCGAAUACUCCAGAGAUCCGAGACUAUAUCAAGCACACCACCGCCCGGUCCGUCGACUUGCUCAAGGAGCCCGAGAUUAGAGGCCGACUGUUCAAAGUGGUGAAAGCCUUCGAGGGUCUGUUAAAACCAUCCGAAAACGAGGAACUGAUCAAGCAGAGGAUUAGGGGGCUAACCAAUUCUCCCACCAAGGUGGCUAUGGGAGCCAUGAAUAAGGUUGGAAGUUUCUUUCGACGUUUUUAAUAAGCGCGUCUAUACAGACUAGUGAUAUAUUAUACUUAUAGAUAAAUAUAAAGUGCAUAUUUAAAAAAAAAAUUUGAAAUCUCACUUGCCUACCCUUUUGACAGUCGUUUUCAGUUUUUUGUACAGUAGGUACAAUUACACAUUAGGGAUAUCUGACUCAACACUCACUACAUUGUCCUUAUAAAUAUUAUCGUUAUUACUAUUGUUAUUAUUAUUUUAUUUUGUUCUAAAUAUACUCAACUGAUUAACGAAUGA